GUGAGUCACUUUUUUAAUUAUUAAUUUUAGCCUCAUGAGCUUUACCGUUACGUUAGUUCGCCAUGGGAAUACAGAUGCCAACAAUGAACGUUGGUUACAAGGCCAAAUUGACACGGACCUGAAUAAAAACGGGAGAGAACAAGCAAAACGUUGUGGCAAAAGGUUAAAAGACGACCCUUUUAGUAAAGUAUAUUGCAGUGACUUGAACCGUUGCAAACAAACAGCUGCAGCCAUCAUGGCACACCAUCCAGGAUUAAGCAUUGCAUACGAUGAGCAAUUGCGGGAACGAGAUUUCGGGAAACUUUCAGGGAAGCCACUCAAAUACCUGACGUCUGAGUCAACAAGACAACAUUUAAGCGUGGAUGAAUUUAUUACGCAAGAGGGAGGAGAGAGUGUGGAAGUAUUUCGGCGACGAAUUAUUACAGCGUACGAAAAGUUGAUUGCAGAAGCACAAGAACAGCAACUAUCGUCUAUUCUGGUAGUGACGCACGGAGGCCCACUGAAAUAUUUAACGAGUUAUUGGAUAGAGAAUGAAUAUAAAUUAGACCCAUUGAUUGUUAAACCUAUGGCUCAUGGAAACACAGCUAUCACCAAGAUUCACAAUCAAAUGAUUAUCCAAUUUAACUCUACUGACCAUUUGCUUAAUCAAAAUCAACCUCCUCCUCCAGCUGUCUAAAAAAUACUUACUAAUUCGCGCUUUACUACUACUAGUUUAUCCACGAGUAUAGAAUAAAAUUCACCUCCCUUUUCCUCACUUC